AUGCGCAAUGUCGGGGAAAUUCGUUGUCAAUUUUACUGUGACAAUUCUUUGGAUUCUAUUCUUUCUUCAUGGCACGCGGGCAUGGACGCUGUCGGUGCCCUUCAACGCCACAGGCGUGGAGAACGGACUUUACGCGGAGUACACAUUCGCCGACACGCCGCCGACGGAGGUGCACUGCAGCCUUGACAUGAACGACGACGAGGUGUACUUCAUGAACGUCACCACGGCAACCCCCGAGCCCAUUGACAUCAAAUACGAUACGUUCGGCUAUUACGACCUGUCUCUCAUUUGCGGCGAAGAUUUAUUCGAGGUUGUUUUCGAACUCAAUAAGUACAUCGGUACCGAAAUAUUCAAUGUGGACGUGAGCAAUGGAACACGAGAUCUUUUCAUUGGUGUCACAGCCGCCGAUAUUCGGAACGGAAUGGAUGUAUACUUUAAUGUAGAAUUUGACCUUGGCUUAGAUGUCACAAUUAACGUGACAGUCGAUGGUCAUACUCAAGACCAGACUGUUGCGGCCAAUGGAUCCCAUAUAUUUAUACUGGACGCCGCAUGGUUCACCAACGGUCUCUUUACAGUGGAUGUUGUUCUGGACAAUCCCAUAUCUGCAGUCGUACAGAAAUAUGCCAUUAUCGCAGUCCAAACCGGCAUUAUGAUAACGUCCUCCUCCUUGGUCGAAUACCCGACCCAACCAUACAUUGUUAUGACAAAUCUGCCAUUCAACAUAGCUAUUGAUUUCACACAAGGCGAAAACGUUACAAUUGUAGCCAUGCUCGUAGACACUGACCAAUUCACUCAACAACUAGAAGCGGAAAUUUGUUCAGGGGACGUGUCUGGCACUCAUAACUUCAUGUUUAACACGUCGCUCACUGGCAAUUAUUCUCUUGAUGUAGAAGUAUCAAACUAUGCGAGCAGCUACCAGGUCACUUUUACCUUAGAAAUAAUACACAACGUGAACUCAAUAAUAUUCAAUGUCAGUGAUCAGCUCGUGUUGGUUAACGAAAACAUUGACUUCACGAUCACCGUUCUCGGUAGCGCUACUGUAAGCAUGGGUGUGGUCACAUGUACUGUUGUGUACGGCGACACAGACAGCGCUGUCGAAGUGUUCGACUUUAAUACCGAUGACAUAAGUGGCAGAACAGACCUUACAAGAGAGUUUUCUAAGGCAAACUAUACAGCAGGAUGGUUCACUGCGGAAAUGACGUGUGAUAACGGACUGCCAGAUACGAUUGCGACUAUGGAGGAAACCAGAAUCAUUAUUCCCUAUCUCAUUAUCGUGGAGGAGUAUGUGGCGAACCUUCAGAUAGUUCACAACAGCACCGACAUUACGUACCACCCGUGGUCUGUUCCUCUAGAGCUCUCCAUGCAUCUGCUGGACCCAACAACGAACCCGCACCUGUACAACAUCACGUGUGUAUUUACCUUCCCGGACGACAUGGGGGAAGUAACGAUGAAUGGCAGCUCCACGAACACCAGUUACGUCACCAUAGCGUACAAGUUCAACAUUGGUAACCAGUCCCAGAUGAUACAAGUAAACUGCAGCAAUAGGCAGACGUUCCAGCUUCUAGAGCUGAAUGCAUUUGUGUAUUACGACUGCUGGCAAUCAGAGACUUUCUUCACUUCCGGGAAGUACCCUGCCGCCGCCAUACAGGCGUAUACAGACACUUUGAAGGAGAUCAAGGCGGUUGUUCUGCUCACCAAUAACUGUGGAACAAACUACAAAACAACCUGGACUAUUUACGAUUCUAAUAACAAUACUGAUUACACAGAAACGACCGAAUCCGUCAAAACUACCUGGCAAAUAACUGCAAACACAACUGACGCCGGUGUGUACAGGUAUGAGCUCAAAACCCAGUUUAUAGACCACACUGGCAUGCCACAUAGCAAAGACCAUAUAUACGUGAAAUUUAUAUACAAACAGUUGGUGGUGUCCCUCGACAAUGAGGUGAAUGACUACACACCAUUGAAGACCGUGUUUGCCGAUCUGAACUUCACCGUGAACUCCCUACAUUCGUACGACCCUGCGUCCGGACUUUCGUCCGUUGCCAAUAAAACAAGUGUGCACAAGUGGUCCUGCUUAACUGGGCCGGACCUCAGCGACGACCUCGUGAAAAACUACGUCCCCAUUAACGAAGUGGAGUCUAUUAAGAAGGCCGUGAACACAACGUCCUGUGAUAACCUUGUAACGACCGAUCGCACACUCACCAUUACCCCUGGGAACUACGUGACCAACCAAUGGUACAUUUUCACCCAUGUGUGGACGAAGGGGGACCGAACGUCAAAUAAAUCACAAGCGAUAAAACCUAUCGACAAGAGACCCCUUAAUCUGCAGAUUGUAUGUAAAGGCGUCAACUGCAAGACUGGCGAAAAGGAAAUCGUUAAACUAAUUUCUCGCGACAUCGAGGUUAACGUCGCCAUCCUGGCACCGGUGGCGCGCCGUAAGCGGCAGGCGGUCACUGUGACCGAUAUCAACAACAAUUCCGCCACCUACCAGUGGAAGGUGGAGAUGAACCAUACCAGUCAAACCAUAUUUAACGAUAAAACCAACCAUGUAACAGUCACGAGGUCGGUCGGUCUCUCCGUUCCAAAAUCGAUAAUGAGCCAUACAAACGACAACUAUCCAACGCUGAUCCGCAUUUCGGUCGACGUGUCCCUGGAGGGGUUUGCCACCACUUCAGCCGUGCAAACAUUCUACAAGAACUUGCCACCGUAUGGGGGCACGUGUCAUAUUCAGAACGAGGCUCACCAGAGUAUCACUUCCGUUCGGUCAGGUCUGGAGAGGGCGUGUUAUAAUUGCAGAGAUUGGCUGGACGAAGGCGUUCGAACGUUUCGGGAUACAAGCUUGGACAGCCAGGGCGGCAUCACCUACCAGUUUUGUCAGCUCUUCUACAACACAACCACCAACCUACUCGACAACACCGCCACUAUAUGCACCGAUCGAAAAGAUGUGACUGUUGGCUGCGUCGGCGUGAAGUUUCCGUCUGUCGGCUUCCGGACUGAGUUUGAAGUGCGCGUCGCAGACGAAUGGCAAGAGCCUUACGCAAGCAUAAGCUUCAAAAACAUUACGGUGAAGCCGGCCAUUGACGCGGACGCGGACGAGGAAGCACAGACGGAGGCCCUGAACACGAUGCUUGAAACAACCGUAAAUAAUCUGGCAAACCUGGUACAACAGGAGAAUGUCGAUGCCAUCGCUAUGCAGCUUCUAGUAGACUCGUCGAACAUCGCCGAGACUACUGAGGUAACGACGGUUGUAGAUGAGAACCCGACGAAGGAGCUGUUCGUAAUACCGACCGACGGAUCGGAAGUUGAUGUUGGGGCGGCGCUCGAGAGCCUCGUCAGCGAGCCGGUGUUCUCCUCCGCCACCAUCGCCAAACAGAAUCUAAUAAAGGCGUCCAUGGACGCGCUGAGAAGCACCGUAAGCGGCACAGGGUCCACUGAAAAGCUGAGCAAAACCCCAGAAACGGCAACCCUCGUAGCGCGUUCCCUUGUGGAGGUGACCAAACAGAAAGACAACAACUUCAAGGAAAACGUAUAUGGGUUGAUGGCGGACAUAGCGUCUACAGUAGCUGAUUCGGCCGGCGCCUCGGACGAGGACACCCCCGCCACAGGGGAACUCAUGAUAGCUGCCAUCGAUAUGUUUACCAAAGCUGCAAGCAAGAUUCUGUCACCGCAGGUCAAAAGCUUUAAACAGGUAAAGAACAAAGAAGAUGCUCGUAGAGAAUUUUAUGAGCUGCUGGCAUUUUCUGGGGAUGAUUUAGAUGAAUUCUCGGCGAGCCCGGACGAGAGGGUUAUGGCGGAGACGCAGGCACAGCUCAAAGCCAAGUACCUGCUCGACCUACGCAAACCGCAGGCAAUGAAGUUGAGCCGAGCACAGACCAACAUGGACAUGAAGGUGACGGCCAGGGCGCCCUCGCACGCAUGUGAAGGCUGUCAGAAGCUCACUCAAGCCGGUGACGCCUUUUUAAUGACGCUGGUAGACACGGUUGACAAAAUAAAAACCCUGCACAUUCCCAGUGGCGAGCUGUAUCUUGGUGACGCGCUAAAGUCCGUCGGAUCCAACAACAAGGCGUCCGCAUCGGUCAGCGAAACGGCGCCUAUGAACGCCGACGACAGACGCUCGAUGAAGAAGUUGGCUAACCAGAAAAAAAUCACCAUCAACACAAACGAUGAACUACAUGGAAAAAUAUCUAUUAAAACCAAGGGGUUGAAUACUGACAUGACGCGGAUUGAUGCUGGGGCCCUGGUACAGGAGGACGAUGCUUCCGGCCCGAACUGGACGUACCUAGAGAUGAAGUUGGACAGGGAUACCGUGGACAACGACAUAUUUAUCACCCUCAAAUCCGAGGACCCCAGUGUCGUUGCAUUCAACGUUUACCUGACAUCAAAGAGCACACUUAAUAAGCUGAAUUACGACCUGAUGAAGACCACGAAUGAAAACUGGGUGAUCAAAGUGUCCCCGGCUGAGCGCGCCAAUAUGGAGCCGACUUAUGGUUCGGAUUAUGUCGGCCUGAUCAAGUACUCCGUGGAACCUGUGUACUUAGUGGGAAACUCCAACAGGACUCGGCGUGACUCAGGGACCGGAAAAGUGCAGCCGUUCAACAUUGGAACGACAACCACGGCGUGCCUGGUGUGGGACAACCAGCUACAGGAAUGGACCAGCGCGGAGUGCGAGGGUGACUACAACCCGGAUACGGGGGAGCUGGAUUGCUCAUGCCGCGCAAUGAAGGAAAUGACGUUAGCCAACUCGUUUUACGUGCCGCCCAACCGGAUCGACUUCAGCAACGUGUUCCUCAAGUUCUCUCCCCUAAAUCAGGCCGCCGUCAUGGCAACGCUUAUCAUCGUCCUCCUCAUCUAUUUGCUUAUAAUCGUCUGGGCGCGCCGCCAGGACAGGAUAGACCUGCUUAAGUGGGGCGUGACUCCGCUGUCAGACAACUUCUCGGAGGACAACUAUUUCUACGUGGUCAAGGUGAUAACGGGGAUGCGGCCGGGUGCCGGCACCCGCUCCAAGGUCUGCUUUGUCGUCGCCGGCGAGGAGAUGGAUACCGGCGUUCGUGAACUCUCUGACGGCAUCCGCAAGGAGUACGGCACGGGAAGCGUGUUGAAUUUCCUAAUGUCAACAACUGUGUACCUGGGGGACCUAGAGUACAUCCGGCUGUGGCACGAUAACUCGGGCGGCAGUAACUAUGCAUCUUGGUACCUCAGCCGCGUCGAGAUACAGGACGUACAGCGAGACGAAACAUUUAUAUUCCAAGCUGAGCGGUGGCUGGCAAUUGACAAGGACGACGGGAUGUUGGAGCGGGUACUUCCGGUUUGCAAGACGGAAAAUCUGAAUAAGUUUAAGAACCGCUUCUUCCUGAAUGCUAAAGAUAAUUUGGCAGAAAGCCACAUGUGGGUGUCGAUAGCGUACCGGCCACAGUCGAGCAACUUUACGCGCUGCCAGCGAGCCUCGUGCGCGCUCGUGUUCAUCAUGCUUACGAUGAUUUCGAACGCCAUGUUCUUCCAAUCGUCGGGUGAGGACGGUAACAUCGCGACGCCCAACGAAAUCACACUCGGACCGUUCCGCUUUACCCUUCAACAGAUCUACAUAUCGGUGGUCUGCGCACUUAUCGUCACCCCGCCCACCAUCCUGCUCAUAUACAUGUUCAAACUGUCGCGGCCUAAGGCCAUGGAUCCAAACGCCACGCUCUUCAAGCCCCGGGACCGCCCAAGCCGCUAUCGACUUCCGUUUAUGCACAGUUGGCUAGAGAAGGAACACCAGCGGAGCAUAGAUCUGGAGCGGCACCUCGUGCAGAAGGGAUACCCGUCAUUGCAGGGUUUACGGUUUCCUCACUGGGUGGCGAACGUUGCCUGGGUGCUGGUGUUUAUCUGCUGGUUUUUGCCGGCUUUCUUCGUGAUGCUUUACAGCAUGGAGUGGGGCAAGAACAAGUCCGAGGAGUGGGUCACAACAUUCCUGCUCUCCUUUUUCGAGUCCGUCUUCUGUCUAGACCCCAUCAAGGUUGGAGUAAUGGCUUUGACGUUUGCGGUGAUAUUCCGCUCCACAAAAGACUCGUCCGCCGUCAUCAACCGCAGCACUAUCAUGCGGAAAUAUUCAUCUACCAUGAGGGGCCGCUCAGGUGGUAUCCGUCUGCCGGCGCCACCCCUGGACGAGGACCAGCUGAGUGCGGCGCGGCAGAUGCGCCAGCGGGAGCUUCUCAUGAAGCGCGCCUUCCGGGACUGUAUCACGAACCUUGCCAUCUGCUGGAUCCUGUUCUCCAUCGCAUACAGCAACCGUGACAGCCGCUCCUAUCUCAUGCACAAGGAGACGAUGGAGGCUUUCAUUCAGCCCAUAGGCAUGCCGCAGUUUGAAUCGAUCAGGACUAUAUCUGAUUUCUACCAAUGGAUGAACGAGUCAGUUAUCCCUAACAUGUUCCCGCAGUAUGAGCCGAACGGUGUUACUCUCCAUUGGCGCCAUCGACAGUUCAUCCACGGCGGCGCCAAGUACCGCGUCGGUCCGCCCAGGCUGCGCCAGCUCAGAACCCCGAAGGAUCACUGCGACUUGCCGUAUAUUGGUGGUACGGAUUGCUACAAGAAGUACUCUCCAGCUACCGAGGAAGCAGAUAGUUAUUGUAUUGGCUGGGUAACCGGAUCCUGCGACCCUAAAGAGAAGUUGUAUCAAUACACUAGCGACGCAUGGAAGUUCACUUCCGCCUUGGACAUAUGGGGUUUUCCGCUUGCCGGGUAUUACACCACAUACGGCGGGGGUGGCUAUAUCGCCAAGUUUGAUGUAAACAGAGAUAUCAGUCAAAACGUUGUGGAUGAAUUAUACUCACAAUCUUGGAUCGACCGACAGUCAAGAUCAGUUAUUCUAGAGUUUACCCUUUAUUGCAUAAACGCCAAUAUAUUUACGUACAAUAUGUUUAUGGUUGAGUUUCCGGAAACUGGCGGCGCGUUCCCGUUCUACCUGAUCUACCCCAUGCGUGUGUACCAGCACCUCGGACCUGCCGGGAUCUACACGCUGGCGUGCGAGGUUAUCUUAGUGCUCUACAUUCUCAUCAUCACCAUCAUGGCGAUUAUCGGCGUGUGUCAACAGAAGAAGGAGUACUUCAAUGCGCCCUGGCAGGUGUACGACAUUGUAUUUAUCGUGCUUGGGUACGUGGCGAUCGCAAUGUACGCGGUGAGAACAUGGUUCACCAACGAGAGCCUGGCUAUAUUCAAGGAGGACAAAAAGGCGUUUGUGAACUUCUAUCACAUUGCCCUAUGGAACCAGAUGCUUGUACUCCUGAUCGGGGUUCUUUGCUUCAUGGCCACGCUGCGAAUGUUGAAUGUUCUCGGAUACAACAAGCGUAUCGGCGCUGUGGCCAGGGUGUUUACAAAAGCCGCGUCCGACCUCCUAUGGUUCGGCGUAUUUUUCACAUUCACGUUCACAUGUUAUUGUGUAUUCGGUUGGCUCCUAUUCGGCGCUAAGCUAAAAUCGUACAAGAACGUGUUUACAGUGAUGGGCACGCUGUUUAUCAGUAUGAUCGGCAAGAGCAGGUUCACUGAGAUCGACAACACGGACCCGAUCAUGUCCAAAAUCUACUUCAUCAUAUUUAUCUUCUUCAUGGUGUACCUGAUGCUGACCAUGUUCCUGGCCAUGCUGUCGAAGGCCAUAGAUGAGGUGCACCAUGAGACAAAAGCUAACAAGGACGACGAGAUGGUCGACUACCUACUCAAGAAGAUGAAGGGCCUACUGUCGUACGGAGGUAGAAGACAAGCAACCAAAGGGAAGUCGGCAGCGCCACCAGCCCCCUGGAACCAGAAGCGGACGCGGCGGGGCCAGGCACCUCUGAACUACACAAACCGGAACGCGCUGGAGGAUAUUCGGGACACGCUGCAGGGAGCCAUGGACCUCUCCAAAAAGGAUUUCAGUACACCGGAACCGAAACACCACAAAACCGUAAGCUUCAGGAAGUAAGCCGACUGGAGAAAGCUGUAUGCCAGUGUAGAAGUAGAUGGCAAGUGCAGGGUCUGCUUUGUGUAGGCCUUUGUGCUAGGUGUGUUGGAGACUGACAAUUACAAUGUUCUACUAGUACUGGAGUUGCACGCAUAAUGUUAGGUGAUUUACAACAGGAAGAUGUUUUUCAUAUAAGAUUCCAACACCUAUAAAACAAUUUAACUACACGUAAGGUAUAAACUAUAUAUAACAUUAUAUAAAGAAUGCAGUGAUUUUUAAUAAUAUAUUUUUUUAGAUGUUAUUUGAUAACUGUUCAUGUUUGCUUGUCUUUAAAGCGCACUUUUCACACGCACCUUGCAGUAAGUCAUUAUAUUCGAUACUUUGGUGUCACAACAAUGAAAAAGGAUGCACAUGAGAGUUUAUAUUGCAUUAAAAAUAAAUAAUACCAAAUAAUAUAAUUCAUGAUAAUGGUUUAAAACAUCAAAUCAUUAUCUUCAAUAGUUCUCCCCUCAUUCAUAAAAUGGCAUACAUCGUCAAUGCGGAAUAAUAUUAAAACGCCAAAUGAUCGAUUCGUUAGGCCUAAAAAAAAAUACAUUUGGUUCGGGUUACCCGACCCUACCUACGGAAUAGGCGCCGACCCUACCGUUUUUAUAGUCAGUUUGAAAAAAAAAUAAUCUCGUUUUUUUUUUUAAAUUGCUUUUUAAUAUUAAGUUUUAACCUUAAAUGCUUAUACAGAAGAUAGCUUUAACACCAUUCUCCAAUGAUGAAAAUUAUUUUCUUAUAUAAAACCUAAUAAAAAAAAAAUAAUAAAAAAAAGCCUACCUACCCUACCUAUUUUUUUUAAGGAUGUAACCCUAACCAAACAUUUUUUUUUUAUGCCUUAUCAUGUAAUUUAAAAGGGUUUCCUAUUCUCGAGAAAUUGGGUGGAGUUUAGAAAUGGUUGGUCAAAGUUUCCCUUUAUGAAACCACGGUCGUGACUAGACUAAUAGACCGCAUUAUCAUACAGCUUAAUCAAAGUUCAGUGUUGUUGUCGAUUGGCGCCAACGUUACAAUGUCAAUUGUUAAAAGUACACGGAUAACGUUGCCGGCUGACAUAUUCACAAAUCUCAGAGCGGUUUUCAGUAAUCCGUUCUUGUAUUUUGUAUGUAUACACAGUAGACACUUUUUGAUAAUUAUUCAGUUUAGUAUAUAUACCGACACCUUAAAAUCACAUGUAGGUUGUAAACAUCGAACUUUUGAAACAUCGCAUUCUUCUGUUUAAUUAUAUGUACCUCUAACAAUAGCCUAGCACGGACAUUAAUUCAAUUUUUCGAAAAGACGAAGCUUUCAAUGUCAAAGCUGAAAAUUCACAUAUAUUAAAUAAAUUGAUACCCACGGAUAAACAUAAGUUUCUU